AUGGAAAGAAGACGCGAAUCUGCAAAUCUGACUCAGAACCACUUCAUGACCCCUGCCACCUAUGACGGCCACGGCCACCAUCACCACGGUCGGAAAACGCAUACGGUCACUUGCUCCCUCCAUUUUGUCCACCUGCUCCGACCAGCUCCGCCUCCACUCACAACCGUCGAACCUCUUGUACUCCCGACCAGCAGCCGCGCCAACACACCAACCCCUGUGUCAACUGUCGAGCGCCUUCACCGUGCCGUCACAUCAACUCCUGGCCGCUGCCACCUCUUACGAACACGACCCCCAUCUGAUCCUUUUUCUAAUCGCAUCGUUCUCAGUUCCGCACAGCCUCCGUCGAAACCUACUUCGCCAUCGGACAGAAAAAACUAG